CUGAGACUCUAAUAAUAAGUACUGGAAGUACUGUCUGGCAAACUUCCGUUGAAUGCUAGUUCUGGUUACAUGCUCGGCCAGGAUUACGCUCAGUGCCUCAGUGGACUUCAGCAAGACCUUGUCACUGCAAAAACUUCCGCUUUGGUCUACCAAACACUAUUGUCAUGAAACAGCUUUAGUGGCAUCGCUAGUUCCUUCACUCAGAAAAACGAACUCCGCACCGUCAGCCGAAUUUUUCAAGUCUAUAGGAAGCCAUGGUUUGGGACCUAAAAGAAGCGUUGCUUGGCCUGUUUUCCUCCCCCAAGUAUGCGGAUAAUCUGCGCGGGGUCUCGCUGCUGGAGCAGCUGCGGGCGGCCACUGCCAAGGAGCUUGAGCAGCCUAGCGAGGAGCUAAACGCCCAGGUGGUGGACACAAUUAAUAAGGAGGUUAUCGCCGGCAAGAACUGCUGGGAUGUUGUGGAUCUGCUGAAAAAGCGCCUACACUCCAGCAAGCCACACAAGCAAUGGCUGGCUGCGCAGCUGGUGGGCCGUGUCAUGCGCGACUGCAGCGCCAGCCUUGAGCCCCACCAGGAGGAACUGCUGUUGGAGGUGGCGAGGACCAUGGCACGACCGGCACGUGCAAACACUCCGGAGGGCAAGCGCACCCGCCAAGCCUGCAUUGCGCUGCUGCAGUCCUUCGGAGAGGCCGGCACCCACGCCUACCUCGCCAUCUCUCGCCUUGACGGCGGCUGGGCUGAGCGCGGCGGUGGCGAGCAUAUAGCGCACUCGUGCAUGUCCGUGCCCGAGGAGAAGAGCACCGCCAGCCACCUCAGCCACCAGGAGACGUGCGCGCUCAAGGGGCAGCUGCGCCAGGCCACCGACAAGGACCUUGCGGAGCCUGACGAGGCGCUCAUCACCCAGUUGGUCCAGACCAUCAACACGGACGUCUGCAGCGGCAGGGACAGCCAGGAGAUUGCCGACCUGCUGCGCCAGCGCCUGCACUCCCACAAGCCGCACAAGCAAUACCUGGCGGUCAAGGUUCUGGAGCGCGUCAUGCGGGAGUGCGAGGCCACGCUGGGCGGACACCAGGAGGAGCUGCUGGACGAGGUCGCGAAGACGCUGAUGCGACCCGCCAAGCCCGACUCUGACGAGGGCAAGCGCACCCGCGAUGCCUGCCUGCAGCUGCUGCACGGCUUUGGUGAGGCCGGCAAGGCCGCCAUCCUCACCGUCAACCGCAGUGACGGCGCCUGGGGCUCGGGCGAGACCGCCCACAUCGACACCCACUCCUGCAUGGCUGUGCCGGAGCCGACCAGCGAGACGCACCUCACCAGCGCCGAGGCCCGCACGCUCGCUGAGCAGCUGCGCGCCGCCACCUCGGCUCAGCUGCUGCACCCCAACGAGGAGCUCAUCGCGCAGGUGGUGCGCACCAUCAAGCUGGACAUACUCAACGGCAAGGACCACCAGGACAUUGUCAACCUGCUGAAGCAGCGCCUGCACAGCAAGCGGCCGCACAAGCAGUGGCUGGCGGUGCGGCUGUUUGCGCACAUCGUGCGCGACUGCGCCGACACGCUGGGCGAGUACGAGGGGGAGCUGCUGGAGGAGGUGGCAAAGACGCUGAUGCGACCCGCAAAGGGCUCAACGGAGGAGGG